AUGGGAUACCCUCAUAUCAUUGAUCUGAACUUAUCUCUUUCAUUCAACAACGCAAAGGCUUCACCUUUGAUUCUAAACCCUACUAACCCCACCAACCUUUUGCCUUUCAAUCAUGGAGAUUUCGUGGGCAAUGCAAACGAGGGAAGUCAACAGCCAUCAGGGAGUUCACGUUGGAAUCCGACGCCGGAGCAGUUACUGACGCUCGAGGAGCUCUAUCGACGCGGCACACGGACGCCGUCCACCGCGCAAAUUCAACAAAUAGCGGCGCUGCUUCAGUUCGGUAAGAUCGAAGGGAAGAACGUUUUCUACUGGUUCCAGAACCAUAAAGCAAGAGAACGUCAAAGACGCCGCCGUCAACUCAACAUGACUCCCGAUCAACAACAACAGUAUCAUCAUCCCGCCGAUAGCGUGGAGAAGAAGGGAUCAUCAGGUAAACCUUUAGAUACACGUGGAAUUACAGAAAGUGGAGGAAACAAGUGGAUGCAAAUUCACGACAAGGAACUACGCUUGGAGCUGUCUUGUUCGGGAACAGCUUCAUCAUCAGACACUGGAAAUUCAUGUCCAUUGAAACCCUACCAAGAAAAGAACAUCACUCCCGAAGAAGACAACAGACAAGACCAGACCCUCGAGCUGUUUCCCCUUGGAGCCGGCAUUAAUAUCAGCAACAAAGACACCCACCAAGAAGUUCCCAUCACAACAACAACACCACGAUAUUUCGAGUUUCUUCCUCUGAAGAACUGA